AUGACAGUGAAGACCCUGUGUGACAUGGCUAUGGUGAAGUCCCUGCUGCUGUUGAUGCUGGGGCUCGCCUUUCUGAAGGAGGCCGCUGCUGGGAAAAACUUCAAAGCAUGGAAUGCUGCCUUCCCAAAGCCCGAAAGUUGCCCUCCUUUGGAGGGGGGCAACUUUGUAAAGCUUGACAUUCGCAUCGUCAGUGAAAACCACCGUGUUCCCGUGGGACGUAAUUUCCAGAACCGCUCUAGCUCCCCCUGGGAUUACAGUGUCAACUGGGACCCCAACCGGUUCCCCUCAGAAAUCGCACAGGCCCAGUGUAGGUACCUGGGCUGCGUCAAUGCUCAGGGCAAGGAAGAUGCCUCUAUGAACUCUGUUCCCAUCCAGCAAGAGAUGCUGGUCCUCCGGAGGAAGCGCCAGGGCUGCUCUGUUUUCUUCCAGCUGGAGAAAGUGAUGGUGACUGUGGGCUGCACCUGCGUCACCCCCAUGGUCCACCGCUUGCCCUGA